CAGAGUUGCCGAAGUGCGUGCAGCGCGCGGGUCUUUUAUCCAUAUCAUGCGAAUAUUCACAUGCUUCGAUUUAUUUGAUAAUUUAUUUUGGUUUUUGAAAAUGUAAUUUCAAAACGGCCAACGGAUUAGGGUAUAAGCUAUAAGAACUCUCUUUUGUUAUCUCUCCUUUCAUUUUGUUUACUGGCGGUAGUUUUCAAAAAGCAUCUUCACGUUUAAAUUAUUCAACGCGACGAUAAUAGUUUUGGUUUUUUCAAAAAUUCAAAUUUCGUGUGACUCUCAAGGUGUGGAAAAGUGAAUCUGGAGCACCGGGCGCGUGCAAUACCGAGCUUCGGGCUAAAAGUGUUUUCAUGAUAGAAGAAACUUUGGGUGAUUUCGGCUUCCUGUUCGGUGGCUAAGACGUCCCGAAAUAAUCGGGUGCAACAAGUCGGGUUUUAUAUAUCCGGGACGGCCUAACGCUAACACGUUAUCUAUUGUCUAUUAAUAAUACGGAAGGCGAAGGAAAAAUAAACAAAAUUUUUCAAGGAGGAUGCAGAGGCGAGGAGGUGGUCCACGAAAGAGCAGGUGCAGCCGAUUCAGGAGUUGUUGAGACCGAUCGAAUACCCGUUGCUAAAUUUAUAGUGAAUACACGGAUAAUAGUGAAUAUUCAUCAUGGAUAUAAAGUGGAAAAAGUAGAGUGCGAAUUAUACAAGGUAGAAUAUCGAGAUCGACCGUCGAGAGAAGUCUGCGGGGAAAACUUGGAGACAUUUUUAUCCUGUAGGUGAUGCGGUUGGUUGUAACUACUUUCCAAGUCAACAAGAAAGCCGGUCGUCCGAUAAAUACGCGCAACGUUUAUACCUGCAUCAUUCGUCAAAAUGAGAAGCGAAGUUGGCGAGUGGCUGGCCACGUGCGUUGGUUCGCCUAUUUGUAUCCUGUUGCUCUCCUGGACUCUUUUGAUCUACCAGAAUCAGCCGUCGUGCAGUAAACGGAGAAUCGAUCUACUGGUCGUCGGAGUCCUCGCUCAGAGUCUCAUUCAUCAGCUGGCUCUUCUCUUCUACGCCAUUCUCACGCUUAUCAGGCCGGUGAAUCACUUCGGAGAAUUAUGCUCAACUUUGGUAUGGAUGCUCAAUUCGUCGAGCAUUUUACAGGAGCUCACGCUGACGACGAUCGCCAUAUUUGCAGCGAUAAGCAGCGAGGAGGUCACUAAGAAUCACUUAAAAUACCACAUACUCAGCAUGAGCAUCCUUAGCGCCUGCAUAGGAGUCACGGGCGUGUUGAAUUUUGAACCGGAUACCUGUGUUUUCGUUGCCCACGAGUUAUCGCUGAAAUACGGAAUAUUUUUCAACUCUAUGCGGGGGCUGCUGAUUCUCACAUCGGUACUGAGCCUCGUCGUAACAUUUUACAAGGACAUCUGUACGAAACCGAAGAACGAAUUGCUGAAGAGCGUCUCUGACCUUUCCGACCUGAGUUCGAAAAAUUCGUCGGGAUUCGACUGCCAACAAGACAGGACGUGGGAUCCUUCGAGUGUCUCUUGCACCAGCAGUUCCACCAACAGCAGAGCCUGUUUGAGGAAAAAGAAAAUCGUCGACGAGAACAACAGCCAUUCAACGGUUUACAGCAUUCUGUUCGUCUGCUAUAUCUGUAAUCACAUUCCUGUUCUGGUGAUUUCAGUUAAGCCGGAACUGCUGCGGGGCUUCUGUACCCCACAAAAUAUAGCCACUUGGUUACCGCUUCUCCAGGAUGUACUGCUACCAAUUUCUUUAGCUAUUUUCGACAAGAUGUUCUGCCAUUACGUUGCCAAAGUUUACACGAAGCAGGAUCACGCGAGGAAAAUGUCCCACGGUGGUAUCGAUGGAAAAUUCAGACAUUUCGAACAGGACGCCGAAUAUAAGUUGCAGUUAAAUUUGAAUCACGGUUUAAAAUUUCCUUUAACUAAUGGGAGUCUAUAUGGAAGGUUGCAUAACCAUCAGAAUAGAGGAAGGAACGGUACCAUAACCAUGGGAAUACAACAUUACCCAAGGUCACAGUCCCACGAUGAAAAUGUGUACUCGUCGCUCCCGGCGGAGCUGACCUCCUUCGCAAGUUCGACGUUCGAACCUCGUCAAGAUUCGAGAAUCGGUUCGCACGGUGUUAAGGUCAAUAACAAGGAUCAGAACAACGUUGAUAGGAUACGGGUGAACGAGAACUUCGAAUUCGGAAGCAAGAGAAAAAUCGGGAGCACCGAUGUGUUCGGUCAGAAUAUGGAGAACCUCGUGCAGUUGGAGGACACUACGAUUCUCAACAGGACGGGACCACCAUCUUCGGGAUUUUCCGUUCUGGGAAUGGGACUUCAGGGACUCGGACAACUCGGCAUGACGACGCGUAGUCAAUACGUGAAAGGAAGUUUGGGCCAGAUAAGCGAGGAAUGCCCGCGAAUUCACGCGCCAAAGGUCGUCGUAGGUCUUGAAAAUUGCUCGAGACUGGAGAAAAGCCUCGAGGGAAAAUUAAAGUACAAUUCUUGCACGGAGAUCCACGAGAUUCCGACGCGCUCGAAAAAAUUGAUGAAAAGAAAUCAGAGCUUCGACGAAUCGACCGCUGGUAACGGAGUUGCGUCGCAUCUUGACGGCGGUUCGAGAACGUACGUAAAGAGUAAUCGUUACUCUUCAGUUUUCGCCAAUUACGCCGAUAUCGAGACCCCCGGGGGAGCCUACGAUACUUCGGACGAUGAAAGCUGUGACUUGGACGGCGAAUUUCGCGACUUUGGGGACACGAUCAGCUCCUGCAGGAGUUGUUGCUCGGUAACGACCGUCGCUAACGAUGAUUUCGAGUUUUUUCAGCGUGAGGAAUCGAGAACUUUGAAAAAACCCUCGUUCGCAAACUCAGAAGCCAGUAUCAGGUCAUUCACGCCUAAAAUUAUCGAUAAGAAUUCAAAGUCAUCGAAACCGGUGUGCUUGGGGAGGGUUGAACACCGAAAUUUCACCAAACCCACCAUACAGUCUUAUCAUUUGAAAACUAAAAUGGCGGCGGGAUAUUCAAUGAAUGAUCUUGACAAACUUACGGUCAGUAACAGAGGACUCGCACUGUCCGUUGAAAGUCUGCGAAAUAUCAUGAGGGAUUCUGGUAUAAGUUACCUCGAUAACGGAGAGCUUUGCAGGCAUGACAUAGGCGGCUCGGCACCUGAUUUAAAAAAAAUAUUCGUUUCUGAAUUCAUCUGAAUCGCGUGAAGAAUUCAAAUAUAUUUUUUAUAAAUGCACAUAUUGUGCUUUGCAGUCAUCGUCGAGCGUUUUACGUACUAUUUUUUGACGUCGCAAUUACCGUCCCUGUGGUAUAAACGUUGCAGAGGUUUAAUUUUAUUCGAUUCUACUUUUCAUCAUCAUACUAUGAAAUCAUGUAAAUAUAACGUGUAUAUUUGUACUCUAUAAUAGGUUAUUUAAGUGAGAGCAUAUAUUGUGUACUUCGUUUUGUUUAUAAUAAAAGCUCCGUAUUGUUGUUGUGAAAA